AUGGCGGCGGCUGCAGUAGACGCGCUGGGUAACGACCCGUUGGCGGCAGGACGUUGGGCCAACAGCCGACAGACGUUGACUGCCAUGUACGACAUGUACCGAAACAUGACGACGACGGACGCCGCCGACAGCCCGGCGGCGACAAUCACGGUGCACCAGAUGAUCCGGUUGUGCGGCGGAAACGACGGCGUCCUGCCUGCCUUGUUGGACGUCGUCUUCGUACUGGCCGACGAGGUGGCCAACGCCGCGGCCAUGUUCGAAUUUUCGACCAGCGCGGUGGCCACACUCCUGUCGGAGGCCUGUCCGACGGCAGUGGACCUCCGCUACGAUCUCCUGCACUCGCUGCUGGUGGCCUUGGACGCGCGGUUGACGUUCGCCGAUUGGUACCGUUUCGUGUUGAUGUGCGUCCGCGAAUGUCGCGUCCCGGUGGCGGAGAAGUACGAUCGGGUCAGCUUCACCAUCUAG